AUGAUUUUGCAUUUCCAGGGAGAGAACUGUAUGCAAACAAUACAGUUCUCUCCCCUGUCAGCUCCUGCACACUGCUUUGCAUGGCUCUGCAUAGCAGAGCCAUGCAAAGCAGUGUGCUUACAGUUGAAAGCACUAACACAGCCCAUAGUAAAACCGCUCACAGCAAACAGUUAACCCUUUGAUCACCCCACAUGUUAAUCACGUUUUGCCCAGUGCCAUUAGUACAGUGUUAGUGCUUUUUAUUAGUCAGUUCCCCCCAGUUUCAGAAUGCCUGCCGAAGUCCCGCUAUAACUCGCUGAUCGCCGCCAUUAUUAGCA